CGGAGUGUGUACGUGUGCACAGUAGCUGCCCGCGGUAGUGACAAAAUUGUGACAAAAACAGUGAACAGUGAUCCGUCAGUGAUAAUCCCUUCUAGGAAAGUGCCAUGAUGUUGACGAAGGGCUUUUGAUCCAAGGAAGUGCAAGUGCUUUCUUCUUCCUUGGAUCAUACCUGGCGCUGCAUGGUAUUAUUGUAUUGUUGAUGUGUUUGUGUGAUUUUUAUAAAGCAGUGACAAUUGUUAUAAAUGUUCCGUCAAAUGUUCCGUGAAAUGUUCCAUCAAAUGUUCCGUCAAGUGUUCAAUCAAGUGUUCCUUUAAUAGUGUUCUGUUUACUGGGUUCUGUUGACCUAAUUAUCGAGUCGUACCGCAGCAGCCACUGAGAAUAAUGAAUUGGAAGGGUAGUCCCUCGUCAGCGUCUCCGGCAACAGGUGGUGACGAGGCGACGUCCUGGCUAAAUCGCCCUUCAGGAGAAGGAUAUCCAAGGAAAUAAACUUCAUGAUGCCUGGACGGAAAACGAUUAUGGUAACUGUGCUUGUGGCUCUGGGGUCGUGGACAGUCCUCGUAGCCACAUCCAACGAGCCCUCUGUCACCUUUAUUAGGAGUUCCGUCAUAGGUCACUUCAUGAUAGCUAAGGAGCUGACGCUCAGUGACGAGGAUGUUUUUGCCACCUUUACAAUGAAAAGCGAUUGUCACUGCCGUAUUGCUUGCUGGUCACACAGACAGUGUCAUGCUGUUGCGGUAGACAGAGCGGAGGUGAAUGAGGGGGUUGAGUGUCGACUCUCUAACAAAAGUCCCAUCAACUCUACGCUAGUCAACAACACACAGGCAACCUACUAUUACUGGAAAGCUCCACUCAAGGGACUCGUUAAUCAAGUGAUGGGCGACACUUUCCUUUAUUACAUCCCGGAAGAGCCGAUGAACUUCACUUCAGCUAAAGAACUAUGCAAGAAGAUCCCUGGUUUCCGCCUCUUCAUGCCAAAAUUAAUUGUUCACUACACCAUUGCUCUGCAAUUGUUUAAGAAAAAUGGGCCUAUAUGGGUUGACCUUCAUCGGGCCGAGAAUAAAACAAUCAAGACUUGGGGCGACCAAACACCAUAUAACGACUCCCAGAUCUCAUCUUUAAGUAUAAACUUUGCUGAUGGCGAAGACAGUGCAGCUGUCUAUAGGAUUGACAAUGAGUACUCUUUCAAUGACUGUGAUUUCACUAAAAAGUUUUUGUGUGUCUGUCAUGCUAACCCACUCGGCCUUGAUUGGUAAUGUGUGUCAGUUUAGAAAGAUAGUUGGUGUGGUAUAAGCUAGUCUUAGUAAUUCACCGCCUAGUAAUAGUUUGUUAGCCUGGAGUACUAGUGUCACUCUGGAAUGGCCAUGUUUCGAGUCAGAGUGGUAACGAUAGAUUCAUGAAAUGUGCUAAACUGGCUUAGUAUCGUUGUGUGAAUGUCUUAACCUAGAGAAGUAUACUUCUAGAAAUAUUAUUCACUUGUUAUUCACUGUUACUCUAUACGCAAAGACACACAUUAAAUACAAUCGAUCUAAACAAAAUUGUUGAUAUUGAGGAACAUAAAGCAACAAUCAUUGUAAUGCGAGGCUUAUCACAGUUUUAUUUCAUGACCCAGACCCGUGAAUACCUCCCUUGAAUUUUAUAGGACUAACAGCGGUUCCCAACUAUUGUGAACACGGGGCCCCACACAGUAUUGGCCAGAAUAGACAUCAGUGGAUAACAAGGUAUCGAGGGCAGGCUACAAGACCAAUACUUGCAGCCAAGCUUUGCUGACCCUUUGGAAUAACUCAGUAGGGGUGCACAGCCCACACCUUGGGAGGCCUGGUCAAGGAUAGGGGCCGCGGGGGCGUUGACUUCCGGAAAGACCUUCAAGUAGUAGAAUGUUUAAGUAUUAAGCUGUAGGUCUUAAGCACAUAAACUUCUCACACUUAUUGUUUUAAUAUUGCUUAUAUGUUUUGACCUAAAAUGUUGAAAAGAUCUGCUCAUAUUAACAGUCUGUAAGUUAACCAUAAUAUAAGCACUCGUUUUUGUGACAAAAAAAAAAAGCAAUUAAGUCACUUAAUCUUUCCUACAUCUCACAAAGUUUAUAGUAAAUAUCUAUCAUGUGUCAAUGUUUGCUCGUUCAUGAAUGGCUCAAUAAAUUUACGUUAACAAUUUUCCAAAAUUAUGGAUUGAGAACGUUUACGUUUAUCAUAUAAUGCUUGCGAGUUACUAGCACCUGUGUGAAUAAAUUCAGUUUUAAGGGUUCUUAAAACAAUUUUGAAAUGCACGAAUAUUAUCCAUCCUAUAUUAGUUAAAUUUAAGACAAUCAAUAAAAUUAUUAAAACCUCUUAAAUGAAAAACAGCGUAUCCAGGUUCCCACUAAAUUAAGUGAUGUAAUUUUAAUCAUCUAAAAAGACUUUUUUUUUUUAUUACUAACGAAAUCAUAAUAACACGACUGCAAACAAAUCACUGUACUUGUUUUACUUCUUUUAUUGUUUUACAUAAAAUUAUAUGAUGUUUUGAGUUAGGAAUCCUAAAGACACAAUUAUCAACAUCGUUUAUAUAAUUCUUAAUUGGACAUUUUAUGAAAAUUUUGUUAUAAAUGCAAUAAUUCUAAUAAAUAUUUUACUGAGAAGGAUCUGACGAAAGUUUACUUAUGGUAGAACCGACAGUUUUUUUUUUUUUGUGAAUACCUCAUCACCAUCUGGAUUGCAAAAGACAUUCCUAGUUAUUUUUAAAGGACUCUCAAAGACAUUGAGUUUCUAAUGUAAAAAAAAAUCAUAUUUACCCUGGUUUGUUUGCAAUCUUGUCAUUACGAUUUCUUCAUUCUUAUUUUAUCGUCUAUGAACUAUUGUACAGAAAUACACGACGCUCUCCAAAACAUGAAACGGUGUAAUGAACGCAUCUCUCUCCUGGUGUAUA